CAAGUAUCCACUGCGUCUCCACUCGGACUUUAGUGUCGACCGGUUCCCAUUGCCACUCAUUACUCCAACUUCUUCCCAAUAUUAUUUUUUGAGCCGUUAAACGCGGUCUUUUUAUAUAUUUUUCUUUUUCACCCAUCGCUUCUUUCGUUGUACUAUCGCAAACUGGUUUAACUGAUACGCUCCAACUCAUUUUUCUCCACUUUUUUUUUCAUUCAAUUUAAAACUAGUUUUCCAGGAAUUUUCUAAAAACGUGUAGUUGACAUUGCAACAUGUGAAAACGCGGCGAACGUAAUUCUCUUGUAAUUCAGUGAACGAGUGACAAAGUGAGAUAAUUCGUUUAUCCCAAAUAUCAAUCAAUUUUCAAAUAAUUCAUCCAUUCAUUUAUCUCCUGAACUAUAAAUUAUUGGAAAAAUUAUCAAAAAACUUUUUUUGCCGGAAAUUCCAGUCUCAAAUCGUUAAUCCAGAAAAAUAGAAAAUUCAACUCAUCACAUGUUUCAUGUAUUUCACCUGAGAAUAAAUUCCGGUGAAAUUAGCGUUUAAAUCCGUGUCUCCAUCCUGGAGAGGGAAGUGAAGUCUCCAAAAAUCAUAAAGAAUGUGAAUGUGGGAAUGAGGUCAGAUAUAAUCGUUCCGGUGAAGAGAUAAAUUGGAGAAUCCAGUGGACGAUGGCUUUGGAGCUGUCAUUUCUGGUGGUACUUUGUAGCGAAAUGCGCUUGAGCAAUUACGGGGAGGUGCUGAACGCCAUAAUCAAACGAUUAAUAAGAGUCUUGUUAUUUUUACUGAGCUGUCUCAUGAUACCUCUCCUCAGACUGAGGGCAUUGAGGAAGCAGAGGAGAUGUCCUCCCAUUGGGAACAAGAUAUUGUACAUGUCGGCUACAGAAUUGGCCGCGAAAAUCCGGAAACGAGAGUUAGCCUGCGAGGAAGUCGUCCUGGCGUACAUCCAACGAUGUCGGGACGUGGACCCAGUGCUGAAUGCCAUCGUCGAAGAUCGAUUCGAUGAAGCCCUGGAGGAGGCACGAUCGAUCGACGUAUUCCUUAAAUCCAGUGAUAAACCCGAGGAGACAUUAAAGAACGAGACUCCACUGCUCGGAGUACCAAUUACAGUCAAAGAGAGUAUUUCCCUCGCAGGAAUGAGUCAUGCCGCCGGACGACGAACGAAAGAUCGAGUACUUGCACUCAAUGAUUCUGACGCAGUGAGACGUGCUAAAAAAGCAGGUGCCAUACCAUUACUUGUCAGUAAUACACCGGAGAUGUGUAUGUGCUGGGAGACAUUCAAUAACGUGACUGGCACAACCUGGAAUCCUUACGAUACCAAUCGAACACCCGGUGGCUCUUCGGGUGGAGAAGCAGCACUCGUAUCCUCAGCUGCAUCAAUCCUGAGCAUCGCCUCGGACAUCGGCGGAUCUGUCCGUCUACCCGCGAUGUUCUGCGGCAUUUUUGGUCACAAACCUACACCAGAGUGGAUUGGGGCGGAUGGACAUAUGCCGGACUGCGAUGACCCCGCGUGGCCGGCAUUUUUCACCAUGGGACCGAUGGUCAGGUACUCCGAGGACCUGAAUCUCUUCCUCAAGGUGUUGACGCGCUCGAGUGAUGCUGUCGCACGCCUCAAUGAAGAGGUGCAGUUGUCAAGCAUAAAAUACUACUACAUGGAGGAAAUUGGGUCUUCUGCGGUGGGCAGUAUUGAUGGAGAAAUUAUUCGUGGAAUGCGAGAAUUUUUUAAACACCUGGAGACUGUGCAGGGAGUCAAGGUGCAACAGAUUGAAAUACCGGAAAUGACGUAUGCGUUCGAGGCAUCAGCCUCAAUGCUGGUUCAAUUGGACGGAGUGGACACGAUCUUCAAAAAGGGGGCAAACCCUCGAGAAUGGAGGAGUGUCUUCAUGGAGUUCCUGAGGUACAUCACUUUCAUGUCCCCGCACACAUUCCCCAAUCUAGUCUAUGGGGUGUUGAAGAAAGUGGGAAACGCUUUACCCAGGAGUCACACCAAGUGGUACGAGAAGAAAAAUGAUCUCAUAAAAAAACGCCUUCAAGAGAUCCUCGGGGACGAUGGAGUUUUAAUCUUUCCAUCUUUCACGUCUGCCGCUCAUUAUCCUUACGAAAUUUACCAUAAAAUCUGUGACACAACGUACAUGAUGAUUUUUAAUUCCAUCGGACUACCCGUCACACAAUGCCCAAUGGGUCUGAAUAGGAAGGGCCUGCCCAUAGGACUCCAGGUCGUCGGCAAUGCUGGAAGAGAUAAUUUAACAAUAGCUGUUGCUCGUGAAGUCGAGAGAGCUUUUGGAGGCUGGCAGGAGCCCCCAAGCACUGAAGUAGUUGUUUAAUUAAAAAAAAUCACUGACGAACAAGAUUAAUUCUCAAAGAUCGAGUGGAUGACCCCAAACGUUCGAGCCUCAAAUACCCAAUAACAAAAAAAAAUAGAAAUAAAUUGUAAAACUAAUUUGUAAAUAAGAAGAUGGAAUAAUUUAAUAUUGAAUAUAUUUCGAAGUAUCAUUGAAAUGUAGUUACAUGCCCCGGGAUACCGUAUAAAUAUCUUACUGUUACGAUAUUCACUGUUGCACAGCGAAACCUGAAUCAUGUUCAAUAAAUAUCUACUCAAUAA